AUGGUUCGACGCCCCUUCCUCUACAUUUAUGAAAACGAGAAAGACACUUUAGAGCGUCGAAUUAUCAACCUUAAAGUAGCUCAUCUGGAGUACAGUGCACAGGAGGGUGAAAUUUUCGGUCCAGUGAAAGGGAGUCCAGACAAGUCAAAGGUGGUGGACUCAACCAAGCAUCCGAUGAUAUUUGCUCUCCAAUAUGCGGAUCGCAAAGUCUUCAUGAAGACCGGACCAAAUGCAAGUAAAAAUGAGAUACACGAGUGGUUGUAUGCCAUAGACCCUCUGAUGGCCGGAGAGAUUAAACGAGUAGGCCAGCGUGUUCCACAAGAGGAAAACAGUAUAACGAGAAAGUUGCUUCACUUGCCUCACCCUCCUUCCGCUUUGCCUCGUCUCAUGCCCUUCCACCCUCCCUGUGCCUCCCUCUGUCCUCCUUCUCCUCCUCCUCCUCCUGCUCCUCACUCAGUCCUCUCACUCACUCACGCUCCCACUCCCUCCCUCCCUCCCUCCCUCUCUCUGUUGUCUGAUGUUAAUUGCCUCAUGUUGGCGAUAAAUAAACAUGCACUAACCAGCCUCAUCUUCUGCCUCCCCACUACAUGGCGGUAUCAGUCACUCACUUUGUCUACCCUUCGCCCACCGCUCAACCAACCUCCUGUCUUCACUCACCUGUGCCAAUCCACUGGCAUCACCACAACUGAUGACAGCGUUGAGCUAAACAUCUGCACCUCGCAAUACACUAGAGCAAAGCGGAACGGGUCACUGCCUCGCUUCCCCAUACUGACCAGCCCUAGUGGUUGCCCAGAUGCCUCACCGAGUUGUAAGCAACUCGCGUUCUCACUCGCGUCGUGGCUAGAGAAAGGCAUGAUGGGGACCUGA